AUGGUUCUUCGUCCCAAGCUGUACCAGUUCCUCGUGGGCGUUUUCGCCUCCAUGGGAUCUAUCCUCUUUGGAUAUGAUCUCGGUGUCAUUGCGUCGGUUAUUGCAGCGUCGAAUUUCAAGUCAUACUUUAACAACCCCAGCACCACUAAAACCGGCAUCGUCGUCUCGUUCUUUACCGGGGGAGCCUUCUGCGGCGCUGGACUGGCAGGGCCGAGUGGUGACAAACUCGGUCGCCGGUGGACCAUCGUCCUUGGAUCAAUCGUCUACCUCCUCGGUGGUGCCCUCCAGACCGGCGCUGCGAAUCUACACAUGAUGUGGGCUGGCCGCUGGCUGGCAGGGACCGGCGUCGGAUUCCUGGUCAUGAUCAUCCCCCUCUACCAAUCUGAAAUCGCCCACCCGUCCAUCAGAGGCACAAUCACUUCCCUGCAACAGUUCAUGCUGGGUCUCGGGUCCUUCGGCGCUGGCUGGAUCUCGUACGGCACGUACGUAGGCCUUUCGAACCAGGCUCAGUGGCGCUUGCCACUGGCCAUCCAAAUACUCCCAGCUAUUGUUCUCGGAGCCUUAAUCUUCAUGUUCCCAGAAUCGCCUCGUUGGCUCAUUGACCAUGGACGUCCUGAGGAGGGUCUCCAGACAUUGGCACGGCUACAUUCAAACGGAGACGAGUCCGAUCCCUGGGUGAGAGCUGAGUUCGACCAAAUCCAGGACAGCAUCACGCACGAAAGGGAGAACGAGGCCAAGUCAUAUCUGGAGCUGUUCACCAACAUCUCUUCCUUCAGACGUGUACUUAUUGCCUCCGCUUUGCAAGCCUCUGUCCAGAUGACGGGAGUGUCAGCCAUCCAAUACUACAGCGUUGCUAUCUACGGCUCGAUUGGUAUCAAGGGAGCCGAUGCUCUCAAGUAUCAGGCCAUCAACAAUAUCAUUGCCCUCGUCGGGGAGGCAUGCUGUGUGCUCUUUGUCGACAAACUAGGUCGUCGCAGACCGUUGAUCUUCGGUAACCUGGCGAACAUGGUCUGCUUCCUCGUCGCCUGCAUCUUGAUCGCCAAAUUCCCGGUCGGAUCCAGCAACAACGAAUCUGCCUCUUGGGGCUUCAUCAUGAUGACUUGGCUCUACAACUUUUCCUUUUCCGCAACCUGCGGGCCCCUCUCGUGGGUCAUCCCCGCCGAGAUCUUCGACACCCGCACCCGCUCAAAGGGGGUCUCGAUCGCCACCAUGGUCUCCUUCGCCUUCAACACCUUGAUCGGCCAGGUCACCGGCACGGCCAUGGAGAACAUCGGGUACAGGUACUACUUCCUAUUCAUCAUCUGCAACUUCACCAACGCCGUCUUCUUCUACCUCUUCUUGCCAGAGACGAAGAACCUGCCUCUGGAGGAGAUGAACUACUUGUUCACGAAUGCGCCGUGGAUUGUGGCGUUCCACGACAAGGCGGCCUAUAAAGCGAAUUAUGCUGAUGACUUGGAGAGAAGAGCGCGGGAGAUUCAGGACAAGCAUAUGGCUAUUGGUACGCAUGAGGUGCAUGUCGAAGCUGGCGAGAAGUAG